GCCGAUUUAUCACAUGUCUAGAUUCUUGAAUCAUUAACAAUAAAAAAUAAAAAAUAAAAAGUUGUUUUGGGCCUUGAGAGAGGCUGAGUCUUUUUUUUUUUUGAGGAAAGGUAAUCAGCAAUUCAUUAAGAAACUGCCAUACAGUAUCUACAUCCAGACCUUAUCCAAAAGGAUAAGAGUAAUAGACAAAGAAAAGAAUAAAUUGGAGAAGCAAAGCAGAGUAGACCCGAUGCAUAGGAGGAAGGGAGGUGAAGUCACUCGAGCAACCUGUGGUCGACUAAUCUAGCCAUGGGACACCCUUCAAUCUACUCCGGAGAGGAUGGUGCGAACUCCAUGACGCCACGGCAGAGAUCCAAGCCGGAGGUGGCUAGAUCUGGAAAAUCAACGAGCAUCUACCAAGAUCUAUAGNAUUGCCCCUCUCUCACCCUAUUUAAUUUUCCUCAUUUUGAGUUGAAUCAUUUUAAUUUCCUGUGUCGGUAUUCUCCAUUUCUUUUCUUUUUUUUUGGACAAAGGUAAUAAUUAAAAAAUUAGUAU